UCUUGAGGGAUGUCUGGCCAGGAGCCUGAGGAGUUUGGAGCAGAAACUCUGUCAGAAAAGUCACGGAUGAUGCCCGGGCUGCCCCCCUAUGACAUGGAGCAGCAGCUCCUGCCCCGGGAGCCCCGCAGCCCCUGCUGCUGCCUGGCCUGGAGCCUGCUGGUAGCAACCAUCAACUGCCUCCUCUUCCUCCUCCAUUUGCUCCUCAUGCUGGUUAUUUUCACCCUUGUGCUGCUUCCCACCAUCGUGGUGGUUUACUUUGGCUUCCAGUGCCACUCCCAGGUGCUGCACUCCUCCGCCCGCUACUGCAAGAGCAUCCUGGACGACAACAGCUCCUCUGCCCUCAUCAUCCUGGGCUUUGUCAUCAUGUCCCCGCUGCUGGUGGUGGCCAUGGCCAUCUACUGCAGCCUGGCCCGGCGCCUGCAGCUCCUGGUGUGCUUCCAGCCCCUCAGCCUGGCCCUCUACAAGGGGGGACACUGCUGCCACCCCAGGGGCUGCAGCCCCCAGCUCAAGGCCUGGGUGUGACCCUGCAGCAGCAGCAGCGUCCCCUCCCUGUGCCCCAUCCUCAUCCUCUGAUUAAUCCCUGUUAGAAAUGAGGAACAGCAGUCUUGAUACUCAGCAAAAUUUGGAUUGGUUUAUUUUAUACAGACAGAGCAAGCAGCGCUGGGGAAACGUGAGGGGUCACAGCCCGAACUUGGUUUGCAGAUCCCUUUUCAUAGUCUGGUUUUCUUUGUAGCAAUCAAUAAUUGUUAUUGUUUCGUUGUAGUAAUUCUGCAAGGUAAGCAGUGGUGGUCAAAGAAACUC